GUGGCUGGGAGAGGAGGCGAGGCCCUCCCUCCAUAAAGGAAGCGCCGGAGGCCCACCGCGCGGCCGCCACAUCCAGAGAAGGCGGCGAACGCGAUGAAAGUCGGGAGUGCAGCGACGGUGAUGGGAGCGGCGGCACCCCGGCUGCUCUCCGUGUGGUUGGCGCUGUGGCUGGCCAGCGGUGCCGAAGCCGUCCUGCUCGGAAUGCUGCUACGCCGGAGCACCCUGGGCUCUAUGAUACCAAAGCCGUCCAUCAAGAUAUACCGCGACCUGGACAACGGCCACGGGUCCGGCCUGCGGUCGGGCUUCAAGGUUGGAAUCGACGCCACCUUCGGAGGCAGCAACUCGAAGGAGCAGAAGCAGGAGGACGACGACGCCCUCGGAGACAGGUACCACCACCAUCAACACGACGACUACAAGCUGCAGCAGGGAGACUACGACCUGCACAGGUACCAGAAGAGUCCCUCGAUCACCGUGGAAAUAAGGGCAAGGGAACCACCCGAACCCCCGACCACAGAGCCACCUCCUCCCAAGGGCUUCUCGCUGAGGCGGAUCGUGAAACGACGCCGCAAGGGACGGCGCACCACGACGCUGCCACCGCUGACGCUACCGCCACCGCCACCUCCGGACAUGUCGCUGAUGCCCACCUACCGCAAGGAGCUCAUGUACCCGGAGUACGCGUUCGGCCCUUACAAAGGACACACGCUCAUGGGAUUCACCUACGACGGACAGGACUUCAAAAGCUAGCAUCCCGAAGAAGGUUUCACACGUGCUGUCUUCGACGGAACGACACACACGCAGAUCCG